UUUUGCACUCAUUCAUAACACAACACAACGCAACGCAACACCCUCUCUUCUAUCUCCUUUCCUGAACGUUCGUCUCGCACGUUCUUUCGCUCCCUCUUUUACCGUCUCUCUACUCUUUGUGUGUCUUAUGGGCGAACACUAACCUCGUUUUCCACAAAACUAAUCCAAAAAGCACAGUAGGAGUUGGAGAAAGGCAGUAAUUUCAAUGUACUUGAGGAGAAUACAGUGCAGAGAUCGGAGAUGGGCUUUAGUGUUGCAGCCAUCGAAAUACUUUUUUAGGCCAAGAUUCUCAGAUCAUCCAUGCUUUCAAUCCUUGCCCCCUAAGACCAGUGUGAAAGAAUAUGCUUCACAUUGCAGUAUCAUCAGAAGACAUAUUUUAGCUUCAGAUUCAUCUAGGCAUGCUUCAUCCAGAAAUAAUUGUACUGGUCUGGACAAAAGGAGUAUUUUUUGUCUUAAGAGUACUCAGUUACAUGCUUAUAGCUCUGAAAGUGAUGGAAGAAAUGCUAGUGAAGAUAAACAUGUACAUGUUAAUGAUGGAGCUGACAUUGAUAAGGGACAGAACCGACAAGAGAAGUAUGGGAAAGAUGUCACGUACUGCAAUGCACAUGCACAAUUAGGAGAAGAGGAUCAAGAGGAAUGGCUUAAUAAAGAGAAGCUUUCCGUAGAAAGUAAAAGGAGAGAAUCACCAUUUUUGACAAGAAGGGAUAAGUUUAAAAAUGAGUUUCUGAGAAGAAUUGUUCCUUGGGAGAAGAUAAACAUUUCCUGGGACACAUUCCCUUAUCACAUUCAUGAGCAUACAAAAAAACUUCUGGUGGAGUGUGCUGCUUCCCAUUUGAGAAAUAAGAAGUUUGCUUCAUCUUUUGGCGCUCGCCUCACAUCUUCAAGUGGGAGAAUAUUGCUUCAGAGCGUUCCUGGCACUGAGCUCUAUCGUGAGAGAUUAGUUAGAGCUCUCGCACGAGGUUUACAAGUUCCUCUAUUAGUGCUUGAUAGCAGCAUUCUUGCUCCUUAUGAUAUUGAUGAUGAUUUAUCAUCCGACUAUGAGUCCGAUGAUAAUGGAGAAUCUGGGGAAGAGGGUUCUCUGGAGUCAGAGAAUGAGGAUGAUAAUGAUGCUAGUAAUGAAGAAGAGUGGACUAGCAGUACUGAGGUGAAGUCAGAUGCAAGUGAUAAUGAAGAUGCACUAGCAUCUGCUGAAGCAGCCCUUAAGAAGGUUAAAGCGGCUGUUCAGAAACUUGUUCCUUACAAUGUUGAAGAAUUUGAAAAGAUAACGUCUGGAGAAUCUGAGUGUUCUGAGUCAUCCAAGUCUAAUGAUGCCAAGUCUUCUGAUAAAUCUGGAUGCCCGCUAAGAAAAGGUGACCGUGUGAAGUACAAUGGGCCAUCUGUUCGAAUUACAGCUGAUGAUAGGGUCAUACUGGGGAAGAUACUGACAUCUGAUGGUCCAACUAAUGCUUAUACUAUAAUACAUGGCAGGCCUUUAACUAAUGGUCAGAGGGGAGAGGUAUACGAGGUUAAUGGGGAUCGAGUUGCUGUUAUCUUGGAUAUUACUGAUGACAAGGCCAAUGAGAGUGCGGUGGAGAACCUCAAUGACGAUCGUACAAAACCACCAAUUUAUUGGAUACAUGUUAAGGACAUUGAGAAUGAUCUUGAUGCUCAAUCACAUGAUUGCUACAUAGCAGUGGAGGCUCUAUGUGAGGUUUUACAUUCCAAACAACCUCUUAUUGUCUAUUUUCCAGACAGCUCACAUUGGUUGCAUAAAUCAGUUCCUAAGUCAAACCGAAGUGAGUUUUUUCAUAAGGUCGAAGAGAUGUUUGACCAGUUAUCUGGCCCCAUAGUGUUGAUUUGUGGGCAAAACAAAGCUCAGUCAGGUUCAAAGGAGAAAGAACAAUUUACAAUGAUACUUCCAAACUUUGGUCGCGUUGCUAAGCUGCCUCUUUCUCUUAAGCGUUUGACUGACGGAUUCAAAGGAGAAAAGACAUCAGAAGAAGAUGAAAUAAACAAGCUCUUCUCUAAUGUUUUGUGUAUACAUCCACCUAAGGAUGAUAAUAUGUUGGCAACAUUCAAGAAACAACUUGAGGAAGAUAGGGAAAUUGUGGUUGCACGUAGUAAUUUGAAUGAAUUACGGAAGGUUCUUGAAGAACAUCAGCUAUUGUGCACGGACCUCUUGCAUGUAAAUACUGAUGGCAUCAUUUUGACGAAGCAAAAAGCUGAAAAAGUGGUAGGCUGGGCCAAAAAUUAUUACUUGUCAAAAUGUCUGCUUCCUUCUGUUAAAGGAGAAAGAUUAUGGCUACCUCGUGAAAGUCUUGAAAUUGCAAUCUCAAGGUUGAAGGGCUAUGAAACUAAUUCACGGAAGCCUUCUCAGAGCCUCAAGAACCUUGCGAAGGAUGAGUUUGAGAGCAAUUUCAUUUCAUCUGUAGUAGCUCCUGGUGAAAUUGGAGUGAAGUUUGAUGACAUAGGUGCUCUUGAAGAUGUGAAGAAGGCACUUAAGGAACUUGUAAUUCUUCCAAUGAGAAGACCAGAGCUUUUCUCUCAUGGAAACUUGUUGCGGCCCUGCAAAGGAAUAUUACUUUUUGGACCACCUGGAACUGGGAAAACUCUUCUGGCCAAGGCACUUGCCACUGAAGCUGGUGCAAAUUUUAUCAGCAUAACUGGUUCAACUCUUACCUCAAAGGUAAUUUUUAUUCUGGCACAUUUGGCUUUUCCAGUUGAUAAGUCUCUUGCAACUAAAACUCGGAAUGAAAUUUGGUGGUUGGUCUACACAAGAAUUAGGUUGUAG